UCAGGGCAGGGUGUAUGUAAGGCUUUGUUCAACUCACUGGACUUUAGUCUUAUAGUGACUUUAUUGAAGAUAUCCUGCAUUAAUGCAAAAACACUUACUUUUUAGGAGUUUUUAUUUAGGAGUUAGAAAUGGAGUCAAUAUAUCUUCAAAAGCACCUUGGGGCAUGUUUAACUCAAGGUCUUGCAGAAGUGGCAAGAGUUCGCCCGGUGGAUCCAAUAGAAUAUUUAGCAUUGUGGAUUUACAAGUUUAAGGAAAAUAUGACCAUGGAACAACUGAGACAAAAGGAAAUGGCAGAGCUGGAGCAUGAAAGAGAAUUAGCUCUGAUGGAGCAGGAAAUGAUGGAGAGGCUCAAAGCAGAGGAGCUCUUACUUCAGCAGCAACAGCUGGCAUUGCAGCUGGAGUUGGAAAUGCAAGAAAAAGAGAGGCAGAGAAUACAAGAACUACAGAGAGCUCAAGAACAAUUAGACAAGGAGAUGAGAAUGAAUAUGGAAAAUCUAGUUAAGAGUGAAGAUACUCUACAUUCAGAGGAAGCAACACUAGACUCAGGCAAAACACUAGCUGAAAUCAGUGAUCGUUAUGGAGCACCUAACUUGAGCAGAGUGGAAGAACUUGAUGAACCAAUGUUUUCUGAUGUCAGUAUCAGCGUGUUUUUUAAAAAGCUCUUUUUUGUUUUUGUUUUUGAUUUUUUCACUUAGGUAAAGCCUAGGGAAAAUGAGGCUAGGCCAGGAUUGGUUGGCAAACGGGCCUUUUGCUUCAGAGAAAAUCAGUUCCCUGGUUGCCGAUUAUAUUCCUAAUUGGCAUUCUGCCCUUUUGUGAAGUGUGUCACUGGCUUAUCUAUAUCUCUGUAUCUGUGACCUCAAAAUCUCUUCAAAAUAUGUUUUAAAAUCAUUUUGUGAAAUACACGAUCUUUAAAUUUGGUGUAGGGGGCACGACUUUGGUCCUCAGUAACAAACCCUGGAACCAAAUGAAUGCCUUAAUGAGAGUGCAUGCUUCUCCAGUAUGUAAGUACAUUUGUUUAUUUAACAAACAUACCACAUCUUCCAUAUGCCAGGCACUAUGCCCGAUGGUGUGGUGAAUAAGGCAGAUGGCUUUGAUCUUGUGGAGUUUAUUGUCAGGGGAGAAACAGACAAUUAGAUGAGCAUUUAAUAGUCAUGGUUAGCAGGACCACGUAAUUUAUUGUCCAAACCAGUAUGCUUUUGAGAAUGAGAGCCGGCUCAGCAGAUGUAAGCCAGGACUGUCCUGGAAGAAGGGUACAUUUUGGUCACUUUAAUUCGUGUACACUAACAAGGAGGGACAGCCAGCACAGUUGAGGAACCUCAGUCAGGGAAGGAAGCUAAUGAUUUGCUACUCACUGGUGGCAUGGGAGGCCGAGGGUAGUGCUCCAGGCAGAGAGCACGGAAGGUGUGAAGACCCAGAUAGGAGAGAGUGUAGAGGGAGUGAGGCAGGGAGGGGUGAGAGCUGAGGCCAGGAGAAAAUAGGGGCCAGACCAUGAAAGCACUUGUCAUUUCUGUUCAGAGGCUUAGAUUUUAUCCCAAAGGCAGUAGAGGCUCAUAUGAUGAGAACUGCAUUUUGCAAAGACCAUCUGGCAACAGUGUGGGGAAGAAAAUGGAGAAGUAGGUGUCAGGAGACGGCUUAGGAGGUAGUAAUCUAGGGGACAAGAUGUUGAUGGCCUGAAGUAAAUGUUAUUUUCAAGAGCUGUUCAGAAAGUGGAGCUGCACAGACUCAGUGUUAAUUGUUUAAAGUUUUAUUAAAUGUCAGCUAUGAUUUGGCACUAUGCAAGGAGCUAGAAAAUGCCAAUGAACAAAAUGAAUUGGGCUUCUGCCCUUGGGGGACAUGGGUCAAUGGGGAAGGUUCUUUGAGGGACAGAGUAGGGAGAGACUUGAGCGGGGCUGGACAAGUCUUCCUGAGGAGGUGAAAUUCAAGGAAUUAGCCUGAGAUGAGCCCAGAGGAUAGAGACAGCAAGAUGCUUUCAAGGGACUGAAGUCGUCCAGUAUUAAUGGCUAAGGUGCGUGGAGCUAGGAAAAUGGUAUGAUUUUAAGCUGGAGAGGUGGAUAAAGGCAGAGCACACUGGGUCGUGUAUGUUGCCUUAGGGAUUUUGGACUUAGGUGCGGUAGGAGUUACUGAAAGGACUUAAAGAGUCAAUCUGUGUUUUAUAAGGUGGAGAGAGGAUUGGUGUGGAACAGGAGUGGAAAAAGGGAGACCACUUAGGAAGUUAUUGCACUGAUCCAGAUGUAAGAUGAUUAGGGUUAGACAGCAGAGAUGGAGGGAACUGAGUGGAUUUAAGACUGGCUCACAGGAUCAGUGCGGGGCAGGGUCCGGAUGAAGCCUAAAUGUCUUCCUUGGGCUACUGAGUUAAGAGUGUUACCAUUUGAUGAGUUGAUGAACAUAAGAAGAGGAAGCAGGUUUUUAAAAACUGAUGACUUCAGUUGCAGAGAUGUUGACUCUCAGGUGGCUCCGAGAUACGCAGGUGAAAAUAGCCAAGAACAGUUGAUGUUAGGAAGGGGGCCCAGGCCGGAGAUAUAAAUUCAGCAGUCAUGGGCAUAUGUGCUGAAUGAAGCAAGGGGAGUGAGUAAGGCACCUAGGAGAGUGUGCAGUGUGUGAAGGCCUGGGGGCUCAGGGAGGAACCAUUAGCAAUUCCAACACUGAAGGGAUGGCCACAGGAAAAGGAGCCUACGAGAAGGAUGAGAACACAUAGUAAGAGAAGUAGAAGAAAGGAUGAAACAAUAACUACUUUGAGAACAUAAUUUAUGGUUAUAUUCAAUUUGCAUAUCAUUUGAAAUCAUCUGAAACUCCCCAAAAUUUCAUUCAUGUAGUCACAUAGAAGUUACCUAAGCUUUAUUUCUUUGGCUUGUGCCUUUUCACAGUUCUAACUGUAUUAAGGCAUAUUUACUUUUUGUUUUGCUUUUAGGUCGCAUUAAACAUUGAUCAAGAUUUGUAGGACCAACCCAAGAGCAAUAAAUGUUUUUGUUUGUUUCAAAUUUCAAA